CCUGCGCGUUGACUGAGAGAAGGUGGCGCCUCAGGCUGCGGGACAGCGCGGCAGUUGGUCUUCAAAGCGGAGCCGGGAGUUUUCGCCACCGUUGCCGCCACCAUGAGUCGCAGCUAUAAUGAUGAGCUGCAGUUCUUGGAAAAGAUCAACAAAAACUGCUGGAGAAUCAAGAAGGGCUUCGUGCCCAACAUGCAGGUUGAAGGAGUUUUCUAUGUGAAUGAUGCGCUGGAAAAAUUAAUGUUUGAGGAAUUAAGAAAUGCCUGUCGAGGUGGUGGUGUUGGUGGCUUCCUGCCAGCCAUGAAACAAAUUGGCAAUGUGGCAGCGCUGCCUGGGAUUGUUCACCGAUCUAUUGGGCUUCCUGACGUCCAUUCAGGUUAUGGGUUUGCUAUUGGGAAUAUGGCAGCCUUUGAUAUGAAUGACCCCGAAGCAGUGGUGUCCCCAGGUGGUGUCGGAUUUGACAUCAACUGCGGAGUCCGCUUGCUCAGAACCAAUUUAGAUGAAAGCGAUGUCCAGCCGGUGAAGGAGCAGCUCGCCCAGGCUAUGUUUGACCACAUUCCUGUCGGAGUGGGAUCAAAAGGUGUCAUCCCCAUGAAUGCCAAAGACUUGGAGGAGGCCUUGGAGAUGGGUGUAGACUGGUCCCUGCGGGAAGGCUAUGCCUGGGCUGAAGACAAGGAGCACUGCGAGGAGUACGGAAGGAUGUUGCAGGCCGAUCCCAACAAGGUCUCCGCGAGGGCCAAGAAGAGGGGCCUUCCUCAGUUGGGGACCCUGGGCGCAGGCAACCACUAUGCAGAAAUCCAGGUUGUGGAUGAGAUUUUCAAUGAGUAUGCUGCUAAGAAAAUGGGCAUCGACCAUAAGGGACAGGUGUGUGUGAUGAUCCACAGCGGAAGCAGAGGCUUGGGCCACCAAGUAGCCACAGAUGCGCUGGUUGCGAUGGAAAAAGCCAUGAAGAGAGACAAGAUCAUAGUCAACGACCGGCAGCUGGCUUGUGCUCGGAUCGCCUCCCCGGAGGGUCAGGACUACCUGAAGGGAAUGGCAGCUGCUGGGAACUAUGCCUGGGUCAACCGCUCUUCCAUGACCUUCUUGACCCGUCAGGCUUUUGCCAAGGUCUUCAACACAACUCCUGAUGACUUGGACCUGCACGUGAUCUAUGAUGUUUCUCAUAAUAUUGCCAAAGUCGAACAGCACGUGGUGGACGGGAAGGAACGGACGCUGUUGGUGCACAGGAAAGGGUCCACCCGAGCUUUCCCUCCUCACCACCCCCUCAUUGCUGUUGAUUACCAACUCACUGGACAACCAGUGCUCAUUGGUGGCACCAUGGGCACCUGUAGUUACGUUCUUACUGGCACUGAACAGGGCAUGACUGAGACCUUCGGAACCACUUGUCACGGAGCGGGCCGUGCCUUGUCCCGAGCAAAAUCUCGGCGUAAUUUAGAUUUCCAGGACGUCCUGGACAAACUGGCAGAUAUGGGAAUUGCGAUCCGUGUUGCCUCACCCAAACUGGUUAUGGAGGAGGCUCCUGAGUCCUACAAGAACGUGACGGACGUGGUGAACACCUGCCAUGACGCCGGCAUCAGCAAGAAGGCCAUUAAACUGAGACCCAUCGCCGUGAUCAAAGGCUAGGGCGCUGACCGCGGCCGCCGAGCGCCACCUCACGGAGGGGGGGGACUGAAACGCUCCUCAGACACCAGACUCCACAUCGUGUAGCCGUCCCUGCCUGUCCCUGAGCGGCUGGCGGGCGGCUGCUGCUUUCAGGAGCCAGUGCCACCUUCCAGGGGGAGUCCCACCGCCCUCCUUUGGCCAGGCGGUUAUGCUUCCUCCCUGAUGGCCCCACAGGUCUUAGGAAGAUCUGUUAGGGGGUGCAGAUAGGCCAAGAUACUGCCUAACUCAGUCCUGUAAGUCUUUAUUCAUCAGAAUGAACGUCUUUCCACCGAGCUCUGCUGAGAGGUGUCCUGAAGAGCAUCCUGUUACCUAAGAAAGUUUGAAACGCUCCUUGCCCUCCUCCUCUCGUCAGUUGGUCUAUUUAUCCACACAUCUGCCCCCUUCCCUGAACCCAGCAAAACCCUAAACACCGCUCUCACUUGGGAAGUACCCACGAGUCCCAGCCGGGUAUUAGGUGAAUGCAUAAUGGGGCACACCGAGCAGGGACUGUGUAUGCGGGUGUAGGAGCAGGAGCCCCAAAGAGAAAAUAGUUUUUUCGUAGACUUGCUACUUUUCUCAUCCUGAAUAUGAGGCAGAGUUUUGGCUUACCUGCACAGUGGCACCUGCCGGCAUCUGUCAUUAAUUGGGCCUGGUCUGCUGACCUGUCCGUGGCUGAUGCCCUGCACAGCAGCAGGGAACCCUCACAUACUGACCGUCUUGUGUUUGUGAUUGAGUUAAUAUAAAAAUAUUAAAUGACCACGGCUGUGAUGCCGGUGGGUGCUCUGUUUGACGGGUUGACUGGUCUUGUGCCGCCUAAUCAGAUUGUGUGUUCUGUCCUUUUGACACCUGAGGUGUCACAGGUUACUAAGGCCUUUGUUGAGUACAAACAGCCAAUAAAAUAGAAAAAUCUAACAAAGUCA